AUGGGUCAUGGCUUAGAGAAGAUGAUUAAUAGAGGAAAGAAGCUGGCUAUCGAGGUGGCUGAAGGGAAGAAAAGACCUGAGGUCCCACUUCAAGCCGCAAAGCUGGCAUCAGAAUGUGGUGUUGCCCUUAGAGAUAACAUGCCUAUCUACACAUCUUGGAAAGAAUAUGAUAAUGAGCAGGGGUUGGAUGUGGAUGUUAGGAAUGAGGGACCAAGCAAGGUUGCAUGCACUGAUAUCAUUAAGAGGAGAGUAAGGCAGCAGAGGCAUCACCUUAAAAGGAAGUACUUCGAUGACUCACUGACAAGAGAAUAG